AAGUUACGUUGCUAAGCAACCUACAACAACGAUUUGAUCAAACUUACAUUACAUCAAAUGUUUAAUGUCACUAACUUGACAUAGAUGAAUUUUAACUUUUUCUGAAUUAAAUUUACAAAAACAAACUUGAAAUGGACUGGAAAUAUAUUCUUUCGCUCAACGUAGAAGACGUGAACGAUGACGAAAAAGAUGAGCUGUAUAAUAGUGUCACGUGGUUUGAUUGUGAGGGUGCAAAUUUGGAUGAAAAUAAAUAUAAGGCACUUGUAAGGAUUUGUCAAGAAAUUUUAAAAUACAAAGGAGAGCAAGUGGAGACUCUGCUCCAUGAAUUAGAGGAAAUGGCUGUAAAACAGGUUGAAGACGAAGCAAGGAGACAUGGGUCUGAGGCAGAUUUGAGAAGUUCUAGGUCGAAAAAAUCAAGUUCAAUGGAAUAUGAAAAUUUGGAACAAAAAUAUUUGGAAACAAAAGCAAAGCUUAAAAAAGCAAAUAAAAUUAACGAAAAACAAGAAGCAGAAAUGAAUAAGUUGAAUAAUAAAUUGAAACUUUUGGAACAAGAAAACCGUCGUCUCCAAAACGAAAUCCAAUCCAGACCCAAUGAUAUUGGUGGCAGUGAAUCUGAUAUAUCGGAGAGUAUCAAAGACAAAAAGAAGGAAUUAGUGGAAACAUUACACAACAAAAAUUUACAGAUAUCUGAUUUGCUGCGUGACAUAGAAGAGGUUGAAAAAGAAAAUUCCGUUUUGAGAGACAAAUUAUCAAAAGUAAGAGAUGAAUUAUCCGUCGCUACAGAGGAGAUUUUAUCGUUGACGGAUUUAUUAAAAGAAAAAGAAUCGGUAAUUGCAGAAAAUAAUGAAAGAUUGAACAAAAUCACAUCGGAAAUUGAUAUUUUACGAAAUAAUUUUGAAUCUUUACAAAAAGAGAAAGAAACUUUGGAAGAAGAAACAAACAAAACUGUAGAAGAUUUAACUAAAAAAAAUAAUGAUAUGCAGAAUGAAUUAAUUUCUAAAGAAGAGGAAAUACAAAAUUUAAAAACUCGUCUAAAAGAACCAAGUUUAAAUUCAUCUCUGUCCAGUUUACCCAAAGACGAACCAGAAAAGGAACAUAUGCCAGCUCUAUCUCACUUGGCGGCUCUCCAAAGGGCGUUAAAUGACAGAGAAGCACAAUUAAUGGACGUUCAGAGUCACUUACAAAUAGCCACAAAAGAAAUGGAAGCGGUCACUGCUGUUUUGGCUAAAUUGAAGUCGCAAAAGAAGGAAGAAGAAGCCAAAGUAAAGACGUUAAUGGAAAAUAAUUUGGAGUUGAAGAAACAAUUAAAAACAGUGCACGAAAGAUGUCAAAAGUUACAUGACGAAUUAAGUUUCGCUGAAGAAACUGUCAGAAGUAAAGACGAUGAGCUAAAACACAUUUUAGAGAAGAUUAAAGAAAACGGUCAAAUUGAUAUUGCUGUAAACUUAAAUGCCAUCAAAGAACUAAAAACAGACAAUAGACUGAAGGAAAAACAUAUUAUUAGUUUGGUCAAAGCUACAAAUAAAUUGCAGGAAACUUGCGAUCUAUUGGAAAAAGAGAAUUCUUCACUUAGAGAAUCUUUGGGAAUAUCACAAGACGACACCGUUAAUAUCUCUGGUUACACCUCAAAACAAAAGAAGCUUAAGAAAGAAAUAGAAUAUUUAAAACAUCAACUUUCAAAUAAAGAAGAAACAAUUUUACAACUAAAAACAGAAAAUCAUAAGAUUAAUAGAACGGCCUUGUCAUUAACCAACCAAAUCUUAGAACUUGGCCAUAAGCCAUCAUACGAAUCAAAACACAAACAAGCUGUAUCAGAUGAUGUUUCUAGGUAUUCAAAAGAAGAAAUGAAAUCGUUAGCUGAAGAGAACGAGGCUUUAAGGAAAGGUCUGCACGAAAUUAUGGAUUCAAUCAAAAACAAGAAAUCUCAAUUGGAAAUAAAAUCAGAAACGUUUGAACAACUUUUAAGGACUCUGGACGUGAAGCACAUCACAGGAUGGUAUCAUCCAGCUAUGAGAUUGCAAGCUGAUCUUCACAAUUUAGAAGGGGUAAAUUCGGAGCUUAGAGAUCAACUUAGACUAGCAAGAAACGAAAUUAGAUUGAAGAAAAUCAAAGAUAAGGACGAAAAUGAUGAAGGUGUUGAUGAAAAAGAUGAAAUAGACACCGUUACAGCAGAUUCUGGUAUACAUUUUGAAGAAACUUUUUCAGAAAAUAUUGAUGAUACUGUUAGAAACUUGUUUGCAAAAAAAAGUAAUCUUGAGUUCAUCCAACGUCAAGUUCUUGUUUGGUUACAACACUCGGCAAUUUCCAAAACGAAACUAGAAGAAGAUCUCAAAUCUUCAGAAGAUAAACUAAAAAUAUUACAAGAAGAACACGACAUCGUGUUGGAAAAAUUGAAGAUAUUAAUAAGCGAAACUGAUGAAGAAAAAGUUAAAAAAAUUAACGAUAUAAUAACUACGAAUGUUUCGUUGAAUAGAAAACUCGUAUAUUUAGAAAAUGAAAGCAAAAAACUUUGUACCAGAAUUGAAUAUUUAGAAAAAGAUUUUAACAAUGUCGAAAAAAGUUACAUGAAGAGCUUGACAGAUGCACAAAAUAAUAACAAACAUUUAGAAGCAAGUUUGAAAGUGUUACAAAAUUUAAAUAGUACCGCUAUUAGUUUCGAAGUUUACAAAGAAUUAGAAAAGAAUUUAAAUAAUAUGACGUUAAAAUACCGAGAUUUGGUGAGUAGUUUGCAAAAACAAGAAGAAAAUAAGUGUUUGCAGCUGAGUAUCCUUCUAGAAACACAGAAAUCUUUAGAAUCCGAUAAAAACGACUUGAUAAAGAAACUAGAACAUCUAAAAUCGCAAGAAUCUCUGUUUGCGGUUAAAAAUUUUACCGAAAAAGAAGAAAAACUGGCUCAAAAGUUGGCCGAAAUCGAAAUUAAAGAAAUCGCCGAAAGACAAAGAGCUAACCACAUAAACAACCUAUACGAAUUGGUGAAGGAACAGUUGAGCAAAUCGGAAGAAAAAUUUGCGGAAUUUUCCAAAUUUAACGAAGAAUUGCUGAAGAAAAAUCUAUCUCUCCAAGAACAGUUAAAAGAUGUCGAGGAAAAGCUUUGCGAUUACAUAGACAGGACUGCAUACAACCAGUUGGAAAAUAGUAACAACGAAUUGAUUAAAGAACAAGAACAUUUUACUAUAAAAAUCAACGACUUAGAAACGGAGUUGAAGACCGUGAAGCUGGAUAAAGAUUAUGAAAAAACUUGGAACGAUUCCAAAGAACAGGAAUUAUUGAAUUUGAAGCAUCAAAUCGUCGAUUUGAUUUCAAUAUCUGACGAUAAAGUUAUCAUAGCCCAAUUAAGCGGCGACGUAUUGCAAAACAGGAAGUUGGUCGAGUUUUAUAAGAUCAGUUUAAACGGUUUGAAUGAAGAAUUGGAGAAAGUUAUCGAGAAGAACGACGAGUCCAAAAGAAAUUUUGAAAAAGAGAAAUGUUUGUUUGAUGAAAGAGAGACGGCUAUGAAGAAAAAGAUUGAGCAUUUACAAAACUUGCUGAAUCAACAGAUACUCCAAUUUUACGGAUACGUACCUUUAAUCUCUGAUGAAAUAUACGUCAACAAUGUCAUAACAGUCAACAAGCAAAAGCACGAGACUUUUCUGGCUCUACAGAAAACAAAAGAGCUGGAAAAUGAAGCUAAUAUACUUAGGGAAAAGUUACAUUUGGAACUGGAAUACGCUCAAAAACAAAAGGAAAUUGGUACUGAUACUUACAAAGACGAAUACAAAAAAAUGUCGAACUGGAUGCAGGAAAAGAAGUCUUUCCAGAUAAGCGAACUUCGACUAAAACGCCAAUCGGAAUUUAAAGAAUCCCAGCUGCAACACUACAUUGACAGAGUAAGGAUCCAAGACGAGCAAAUAUUGAAACUAGACCAAGAAUUAUUACAAAUAUAUAAAAAUUUCGAUACCAAUGUACCACAAAAACUCACUAGAACUAUCCAAGAAGAACAAGUACAAAACUCUGUAACGUCUGUACCUGUUCCGCUUCCACGAAAAAUUACUCGAUCGGUGUCAAUUCAGGUUAGCGAGCCGGACGCUAAAUCCGAACCAUCCGAGGAAAAAGGCGUUUUGGUUAACCUCAAAUCGGAAUUGUUGAGUCUUAGAGAAGAAUUGAGUCAAAAACAAUCUCAAAUAGAUCAGUUGAAGAGCAAAAUAAUCGAACACGAAAUGACUAUCAGUAUGUUUAGAAAACAGAUUGGUGAUAAGCAAAGUCAGAUAAGUUUUUACGAGAGGCAUAUUAUGGAGUUGCAAAAUAAGAAGACAGAAGUUACCAAUGGUGGCGGAGCCGGUGGGGAUAAUAUCACUGUGAGGAGCGAUGGGAAUCAAAGUGAAGAAAUUUUAAUUUUAAAAAAUUCUUUAAAAACGCUACAAGACAAUAUGAAGUCAAAAGACGAAGAUCUAAUAAAAUAUCAAACCCUCCUAAAAAUUGACAGAGAUAAACAUAGUUUAGCUGCUGCUACUCUGCAAGAGGAACUUCAGAAUCUCCAGAAGCAGUUGGCAGAAGAAAAACAAAAUGUUAAAAGUUUAGAAGAGAACCAUGCGAACACCAGACCAAACAGGGCUGCUCUAGAACAAUACAUUGGGCAGGUGCACGCUCUGGAAAAUCACAUGUCUGAACUGCACACAAAAUUAUCAACAGUGGAGGCGCAACUGCAAUCUAGCAGGCAAGAAGCUAUCAGAUGGAGGAACAUGGCGAAUGACAGGUUGGCUGCGAUGGAGGAUUUAAGAAAAAAUUUAGAUGAACAACAUCAAACUGAACUAGAAAUCUAUAAAUCGGAUACGGAAAAAUUGAAGGAAAUCGGUAACGACGAAAUCAACAGCUUGAGACAAAUCGUUCUAAAGCAAAAAGGCGAACUUACUGGUAGACUUGAUUCUGAUAUUCAACGUUUGAUUAGAGAAAAGGACGAUAAAAUACACGAGAUGAUUAUCAAAUUGAGACAAAUUAAGAACGUAAAAAAACCUGAACCUAUAGAUUUGGAUUUAUCGCCUAAAAAAAUCGACUUGGAAUCAGCCAAAGAAGUACUGCUAAAAGAAAACGAUUUAUUAAGAAGAAGAUACGAACAGAUGUUGGCCAAAGAAAAAAUCGCUAGAGAGGAAAUCAAUAAUCUGAAAUUUCAACUUUUAAAAAAACCAAUCAGCGCUAGAAGCGACAAAUCCGAUAAAUCGAUAAAAGAUCAACUCCAGAAAAAAAUCGCCACUUUGGAAAAGGAAGUUUUAGAUUUAAAAGAAAAUCUGAAAGAACAGAUAGCGAUAAACGAAACGCAUAAAAUCCAGGCCACCGAAGAUUUUAACAAAUGGAAGAAAAUGAAACAUUUUCAACAGUCUGCAGAUAAAUUGAAAAACAAACUGAAAGAAAGAGAGGCCGAGUUUGAAAAAUUGCAACAAACUAGUUCAGGUUAUAGACUGUUAAUAGAACGCCUAGAACGCGAAAAGCGAAACCUAGAAAACAGAAUAAAAACCUUAAAAUCUUCAAGCAUGCACGUCGGCAAUGUAGCCGAAAUUGAAUCCUUGAAACUCGAGAACAUGAAGUUGACGUGUGACUUAAGUGCUGUAAGAAAUAAGAUGGAGAUACAACAACGUCACGCCGGCACCCUGGGAGCUACCUUGUUGCAGGAAAAAUUGGAAGGUCAAGAGAGGAAGAUCGCCAUAUUGGAAUUAGCUACGAAGGGAACUUCUGAAUUAAGAACGGAAUUGGAACGUUUGCAAACGUGUAAUUCGACUUUGCAAAAAUGCAAUUUGCGACUGGAAGCGGAAAACUUGGACUUGAAAUUGGAUUUGGAAAAAUCUAAUAAAGAAGUGCCCCAUCUUCAGCAACAGAUACACCAUUUGGAAAAUUAUGUCGAUGUAUUAAAAAAUGAAAAUACAAAACAACAAAGUGACGCCAAAGAUCCCCAACCUUUUAACUCCGAAGCGAAAAAAGUUUCAGAACUAGAAAGAACCGUGUUCAUAUUAAAAAGAGUCGUUGAAAAGUUACAAUCUGAAAACAAGAGACUCGUCAGUGGAAAAAGACCCCUUUCAGACAGAUCGCCAUCAGCUGAAAAACUGAAACGAGACUUUCUGCGUUUGAAAGAACAACAUGCAGCGUGCACCCGAAAAAUUGAACUCCUCGAAAGAGAAUUAGAAGUUACGAAGAAUACGUUAAAGAAUGUUUCUAUAUCUAAUAGUGACAACGAUAGAAUUGUUACUCUGUCUAGUGAACUAAACAGUGUUAAAGAACAGUUCCAGAUUAAAUGCGGCCUUUUAGACAAGGUUAAAGUACUUUUGCAUAGAGCGGCUGCCAAGGAACAAUCACUUAUACAAGAAAGAAGAAAAUAACGACUGGAUUCUAGUUGACAAUACAUUCCAAAUGGAAUAGUUUUGAAGGUCCUCAAGCCCCUAACAGUAUAGAUGAAAAUUUAGUAGCCCCGAAAAUAUUGGAUAGUGAUGACUGAUGAGGAAUAUGUAUUAUACAACCAUUCUAGCGAUGAGGAUUAAAAUACCUAAGUUGUAUUUAAUUAUUAAAAAUGAUAUGCAGGAUUUAUAAAAUAUUGUCUUUUUAAUGGCAAAGGAUGUCAAUUAAAAAUGAAAAACUAAUGUUUUCUUACUUUUUCAUUUUACUCUCAGCUCUAGGACUAUACGUGGAAGAAACGGAUAAACCAAAAGAACGUCUGAUACCCUGAUGACUAGUACUGAAUAAAACAUUCUUAAUUCUUAAAAAUUACAGAUUAUUUGUAAGAAAAUUAAAUAUGCUUUAGUAAAAUGUAAAAAUCAAACACUGAACUGAAAAUAUAUAUUUAUGCAAUAUAAAACAUAACUUACUUGAUUAAUCCAUCAGCAUUGUUGUUUGCCGCCAACGUUUUUAAAUCGACGUCGAUUCUCUCAAUCAACCUCUCGCCAGUUAUUCUCAAUAUCGUUCCUAAAAUGUUAGCGAAUUUCGAACCCACCAUCAUCUUGAAGUGCGGAAAUUUCGUACAAACCACCAUGCAAAAAUUGAACUCUUCCUCGAGGAGAUUUUUCUGGAAAGACGUUUUAUUUAGGAACACCCACUGUUGCAAGUAUUCCAGAAAAUCCGUGAAAAUUUUACAAAUGCAGUCGUCAAAUUUUUCCACUUUUUCCUUAAAAUCGACCGUGGCUAUGUCGGUUUCCGAUGUAGCAGUCUCUAUAUACCCGCAAGCAAGCU